AAGAAGGAGGAGGAGGGGGUGCCGAAACACAAGGAGCUGAAGUUGCGGAAUUACAUCCCCGAAGAUGUGGAGCUGAAGGAAAGGGUGGUGCCCAAUGCCAAGCCGGCUUCAGUGGAAGACAAAGUGAAGGAGCAGCUGGAGGCAGCUAAACCGGAGCUGAUCAUUGAAGAAGUGGACCUGGCAAAUCUUGCCCCCAGGAAGCCCGACUGGGACCUAAAGCGAGACGUGGCCAAAAAACUGGAAAAAUUGGAAAAACGUACACAGAGGGCCAUCGCUGAGCUGAUCCGAGAACGGUUGAGAGGCCAAGAGGAAGAGUUGGCCUCUGCCGUCGAUUUGGCCCAGCAGGAAGACAGUGACUCGGAUUGAGGCCCCUGGCAGAAAGGAGAGUCCAUCGGAAGAAGGAUCCUGGAGACCUUCAUGAGAACUUCCCAUCAUGGUGGACCCAACGACCAAUAAGGGGGCCAUUCAUCCUUACAAAAUCACCUCAGCUGCAAAGAAAACUCCAAAUUCUUUCUACAAACGCCCAUCUUGUUCCCCGAAACCUCUGCUUUAAUGGGCAGAAGAGACAAAGUCACGAGUCUCUUGGCUUGGCUGCUGCUUCUUCUUCAUCUUGGGACCUAGAAGUGCUACUUCAGAGGUCCACGACAAAACUGAGGAAAGAUGUCAGCCGAGCAAGAUGGGAGGUUUUGAUCCAGACCGGAUCCUCGGUGUGACUUGCUAUUGGGGAUCCGUCUUUUGUUUUUUUGUUUUUAAUUCCCCCCCCCACAAAUGUUUAUUUUUCUAUUUCCAAAGUUCAAAUACAAAAUAAAGGGAGAAAAGGGGGCAACGAGCUAGCAGCCGCCUGAUAUUAAAAAUUUAAAAACCUGUACAAAAAAAAAAAGAAGUUGGAAUAUAUCAGAAAAAAGCUGAAGGGACCGACAAUUGUGUUUAAUUUCUCAUUUUCUAAAUCGGUUCUUUUUCAGUGUCAGCCAUUUUGAAGAUGAGCGGACUUCAACUCCCAGAAUUCCCCAGCCAGCUAUAGCUGGGAGUUGAAGUCCGAUCAUCUUCAAAAUGGCCGAGGUUGAGAAACACCGUUUUAAAGCAACCGAUUUUCUUGCUUUGCCUCCAAAACUCCAACCUGCCACAUGUGAUGUGUGUUUGUGUGUCCCUGAAAAAGCUAUGUUGUGUUCCCCCUGCCUUUUCAGCAACUUUGUGAUGGGCAAUCCUACUUUUUAUACUUUAAAUAAGUCCUACCUGCCAUCCAGUUCUCAGCAUAUAAAAUACAGAGGAAAUUGACAAAUGUCACUUAUUAAGAGGUGUGUGUGUGUGUGUGUGUGUGUGUGUGUGUGUGUGUCCAUGUGUGUCCUUCCUGGUGUACAGGAAAGACAUUAAUCUACAAAUUUUCUAGAUUUCUCCAGUCAAAAUGUAUGUGACACACCAGGCUUUGUUGUGUGGAGGAAAUUUGUUUCUUUGAUAAUAAAAUGUUCCCCAAGCGA